AUGGGUGAUAAGCCAGAACCUAGUGAUGCUGCUGCACAAUCCAACACCCUUCACCCUGUUUAUACAGUCACCAACAUUCAGAAUAAGGUGCGAGUCCUCGAUGGUACCAAGGUAUCAUACUCUUCAUGGGUUAAAUUUUUCCAGCAAAAUGCUCGUGGGUAUAAAGUUAUGAACCAUAUUGACGACACUCUUUCUCCAGCAAAAACUGACCCUACUUAUGAUUCUUGGAUGGAAAUAGACGAUAUUGUUCUUCAGUGGAUCUACAGGACCCUAUCUAAUGACCUGCUAGUCCGUUUGCUCAAACCUAAAUCAACUACUCUGGAAGCUUGGCUAUGGCUCAAAGCAAUUUUUUCACAACAACAAAGGCCCUAG